AUGGAUGAUGCACUAGAUGGACAACAAGGAGGAGAAGCAAAAUGGAACAUGAUACCGUCUGGGAGCAAAAGGCGGCAAUGGUCUGAGAAAGAAGAGGGGGCGUUGAUUGAAGCUCUUCACGAAUUAUGCAGAGCUGGAUGGAAAACAGACAAUGGUGUCUUUAGAACUGGAUAUGCAGCUGCUUUGGAGAAAGCAAUGGAAAGUAAGGUUCCUGGUAGCAAUCUCAAGGCCAGCCCUCAUAUCGAUUCAAGGCUGAAAGUAUUUAAGAAGCACUGUUGUGCUAUAGCUGAUAUGAAAGGUGCAGCUGGUAUACAUUGGGACAAUGAGGACCACAUGGUGCUGUGUGACAAUGAUGAUGUAUGGCAGCAAUGGGUUGAGAGUCACCCAUAUGCCAAGGGGUUAAGAAACAAGCCAUUUCCUUACUAUGAUGACCUCUGUAUCAUAUUUGGCAAGAAUGAAACAAAUGGAAAAGGUGUUGAAAUGGCAACUGGUGGUGCCAAAGCCUUGGGUCAUAAGGUUGCAAAUAAUGAUGAAGAGAAUGGGAUAGGAUCAGGUGGAUCCAGUGACACUGAUGUUCUCAUACAUGAUGUUCAAUCACUUCAAGUGCCAGUGCAAGAUAGUUCAAAAUCUACCCCCUCUAAAAAACGGAAACGCUGUGGCAAUUGCUUGUCAUCAGAAGCAGAGGAGUUGACCAAGAUGUUAGGGACAUUCCUUGAGCAAAAUAAGGGGCUACUUGCUGUAUUCACUACACUGCUUAAGGCUAAGGCAGCAGCAGCUGAAAAAAGAGCAAAGCUGAAUGGAGAGUUGAUGAAAUUAUCUCUUAAUUUACAAGCGCGACUUCGAGCGGCAUACAUGAUUGUCUGUGAUCCUGCAAAAGUUGACCUCUUUUUCAGCCUUCCUGAUGAUGAAAAGGCAGAGUGGGUAUCAAUGCUGCUCUUAGGUUUGGUUUAG